AGGCGUGAUCGACAACGCGCUCGGCUUCGCGGACGAGAACGACGUCGCGAUCACGAUCCACACGGACACCAUCAACGAGUCGGGGUUCAUCGACGACUCCAUCGCCGCGAUGAAGGGCCGCACGAUCCACACGUACCACUCCGAGGGCGCCGGAGGCGGGCACGCGCCCGACAUCAUCAAGGUGUGCGGCCUGCCGAACGUCCUGCCGUCCUCCACCAACCCGACCCGGCCGUUCACCGUGAACACGAUCGACGAGCAUUUGGACAUGCUGAUGGUCUGCCACCACCUCAGCAAGAACAUCCCGGAGGACGUCGCCUUCGCGGAGUCCCGGAUCCGCGGCGAGACCAUCGCGGCGGAGGACAUACUCCACGACCUGGGGGCCAUCUCCAUCAUCUCCUCGGACUCGCAGGCCAUGGGCCGCAUCGGCGAGGUCAUCACGCGCACGUGGCAGACCGCCGCGAAGAUGAAGGAUCAGCGCGGCCCGCUGCCAGAGGACAGCAUCGGCUCCGACAACACCAGGAUCAAGAGGAGGGGUACGUCGCGAAGUACACCAUCAACCCCGCCAUUGCGCACGGCAUGUCGCACUUGAUCGGCAGCCUGGAGGUGGGGAAGCUGGCCGACAUCUGCCUCUGGCAGCCGGCCAUGUUCGGCGCCAAGCCCGAGAUGGUCAUCAAAGGGGGCACCAUCGCGUGGGCGCAGAUGGGGGACCCGAACGCCUCCAUCCCCACGCCGCAGCCGGUGCUCAUGCGGCCGAUGUUCGGCUCGUAUGGCAAAGCAGUGGGACCCUCCUGCGUCACCUUCGUCUCGAAGGCCGCCGCGGACGCUAACGUGCGCCAGCGCUACGGGCUCGAGAAGAUGGUCGAGGCUGUCGUCGGCACAAGGAAUAUCGGAAAGAAGGACAUGGUGCUCAACGACGCCACCCCAGACCUCAAGGUGGACCCGGAGACCUUCGAGGUCACGGCGGACGGCGAGCACCUGACCUGCGAGCCGGCCAAGACGCUGCCCCUGGCCCGCAAGUACUUCCUCUUCUAGAGCUGCCCCGGCCGCGCGUCGGCGGGCGCCUGUGCAUAGAUAGGAUACGGAUGGGGCGCGCAUCGAGCAACCAUCUGCUUUUCGUCAGGGUGUCCUGGGCUUCUUCGCUCCGCGCGCUGCGCAGUGACUCCCCGCAGCCGUUGAAGAAGCUGCUGCGUUCAAGGUGCUCUGGGGUUCCUCUCAGGUGCACCUCGCGCGCGGGUUUUUAGCGUUGGGUUUCUUGCGAGGGUUUCUUGCGGCCGCGCCCGCACUCUACCUCCAUCUACUGUAGGUUUGCUCAGUGGUCACGAGUCCAGCGGGACCGGACCCACCGGCC